UCUCCCCAGACUGGAACCCGGGAGCGCCCACCGCCGUCAGUCCUGUCUGCAAAGAGGCGUCCCGGCGGAGACUGAGUGACCAGAGGCACGCCGCUGCCCCUCCCCGCCGCGCCCGCUCCGGCCCUUGGCGAUGUGAGCUCGAGGAGGCUGCGGUGCCCGCCCCCCACCCCGGCCCGGCCCGUCCCGGCCCGGCCCGGGGUUGAGACGGGCAGCAGGUGCCUGUGAAGGCGGGCGGGUGCUGGGGGCCUGCAGGAUGGAGGAAAGCAUGGAAGAGGAGGAGGGGGGCAGCUACGAGGCGAUGAUGGACGACCAGAACCACAACAACUGGGAGGCCGCCGUGGACGGCUUCCGGCAGCCCCCGCCGCCUCCGCCACCCCCGCCUUCGAUCCCAGCCCCUGCCCGAGAGACUCCCGGGGGUCAGCUGCUGGCGAUGCCUGCGGUCUCCGUGGACAGAAAAGGCCCCAAGGAGGGGCUUCCGAUGGGGCCGCCGCCGCCGCCGGAGGCCAAUGGGGUGAUCAUGAUGUUGAAGAGCGGCGACGCGGCCUCCGUGGCCAAGGCGGCCCCCGCCCCCACCCCCGGCUCCACCAUCAACAUCAACACCUCCACCUCCAAGUUCUUAAUGAAUGUUAUAACUAUUGAAGAUUAUAAGAGCACAUACUGGCCAAAAUUGGAUGGUGCCAUAGAUCAGCUUUUAACUCAGAGUCCUGGUGACUAUAUCCCCAUAUCCUAUGAACAGAUAUACAGUUGUGUGUAUAAAUGUGUGUGCCAGCAGCACUCGGAGCAGAUGUACAGUGAUCUGAUUAAAAAGAUAACUAACCACUUAGAACGAGUCUCAAAGGAGCUGCAGGCCAGCCCUCCAGAUCUCUAUAUUGAAAGAUUUAAUAUAGCUCUUGGACAAUAUAUGGGAGCAUUGCAGAGCAUUGUGCCUCUUUUCAUAUAUAUGAAUAAGUUUUACAUCGAAACCAAGCUUAACAGAGACUUAAAAGAUGACCUUAUAAAGCUGUUUACUGAACACGUUGCAGAAAAGCACAUUUACAGCCUAAUGCCUUUACUUUUAGAAGCCCAGUCAACACCAUUUCAGGUCACACCUUCAACUAUGGCAAAUAUUGUGAAAGGCCUGUAUACUCUCAGACCAGAGUGGGUUCAGAUGGCUCCGACUCUGUUUUCUAAAUUUAUUCCAAACAUUCUCCCUCGUGCGGUGGAGUCUGAACUGUCUGAAUAUGCUGCUCAAGAUCAGAAGCUUCAAAGAGAACUUAUACAGAAUGGUUUCACAAGAGGUGACCAGUCCCGGAAGAGAGCUGGGGAUGAGUUGACUUAUAACAGCUCAUCAGCCUGUGCAAGUUCUAGAGGGUACAGAUAGUGAAUGUAUUGAAUGUACUUUACUUCCUGAGAAGAGGACACUGGAGCUGCAGAGACUGUGUUCAGAGCACAGCGGGGGUCCCGCAGACACUCAGGAGCCGUGUCACCAAGCUCUUCUUGGAAGAGGAUGCUGGACUUCUUACUUGGGUUUGUAAUUAAAAAAAAAAAAAACUAACAAAACAAAACAGUUGCUGCUAGACUUGGGGAUGAUUUUGAAAUGGAAUGGGACAAUCUCCUAACAAGUUUAUCUACAGAUUCUGUGAGGAACACACAUGAAGAGUGACCAUUGCUAAGUGAGAUCCGGCAGCCAAAAUCAGCAGCUUCCUCCAAAAGAUAUAAGAGCAGAAGAAUCUUUUCUUUUUUAAAGCACUUGUUUUGUUCAUUUGUGGACUUAGCACUUUGGCAUAUUGGUUUCACACAUCAAGAUGUCUUUGCUUUAAAAUCAAGCAGAUCAUUACAAAAUACAGUAUUUUUCACCCAUAACCAAAAUGACCCCCUUUAAAAAAAGAGUUGGUCUUGGUUUAGCAUUAGAAAGUCUUGUUACAGGAAAAUGCUAACUCUGCUUUCAAUAUAACUUCUCCCCGCCCCCUACCCCCAUCAGUUCACAACUCUUUUCUACGCUGUGCCUUGAGCUUUGUGCACUUUGCAGCUCUGUGACCAUGUUGUGAAACACAAAUGCUUCCCGAAAAAGCUGAUGGUAUUACAGUCUGACCCACCAAGAUGUUGGGUAUGACUUCCUAGCAGGACUCUGAAAUCAUUGGGGAAAGAGAAACAUGUUGCACACGGGUCAGAUUUCCCCCUGCCUCGCAGUGGUGUUUUCUUGUUAAAUGUUGGGGACCAACUCGUGUAGAACAUUUCCAUUCCUCUGCCGUUUAACAGGCUCUCCCCGCUGCUGUAGUGUUGCCAUUACGCUAGUUUAGCAUUGGGCAGUCCUUUAGCACUAAAGCUCCCUUUUUAAUACUGUUGAGAAUUACCCAGUGGUCAAAGCUGGUUCCUGUGAUGCUCUAGGAAGUAGAUACGGUUAUUAAAUCCAAACAUAAUCAAUAGUGCGGGAUUCCUGAUCAGUCUCAUUUUAAAUAGGUGAGAUAAGUACUUAAGAAAAAAAGUCUGCAGUCUGUAUCUUUUAAAACAUUAUAUUUGAGUGUCAUAGAGAAAAGGUAGCUCUGGCCAAGCUAUAUUUUCUGUUUCCAUACACUCACAGUGCUGUUGAGUUCCUUAGAAAAGACUGAAGCUUACCCUAUUGAUUUUGAAAGGCAAAGGAAAAUAGAUGCGACAAGGGGAAGAUGUUUUUUUUCUCAGUUAUGCGUAAAUCUAAAUCGAGCAUAUGCUUGACUCUCUUUGGCUUUGUUGGCUAUGUCAGACUAAUUUAUCUCUUCAGAGAACUAGGGGCAAAAAAAGAAGACAUAUCAGGGAUACUGACUAUCACACUUGUGAUUUGCAGGUUGUUCAUAGAAUUGCCUCUGCCAGUUCACUUGGUCCUUUUGCGGGGAGCAGGCUCGGGGUGCGAAGUGUAGUGUCAGGAGCAAGUCAAGUCACCGAAUAGAAAUCCUUUAUUUGUAAAAUUUGUAUUCAGAGAAGCAGAAGUUAAAGGUUGUCAGAUUUAUUUUUUUAAGUACUUAUCAACCAGAGUUGGUAGAUUUUGAGGAGGACUUUGACGCGUGCUCCUUUAAUUCUGUGAGCAUCUUGGAUUGUAUUGAUAAACACUGAAACUGCUAAGACUAUUGACAGGCUCUCGUUGUGCCCUGUACGGUUUGAUUUGCCACAUCAUAACAUUCCAAUGUCAAGGAAGAAUUCUCUUUUAUCAUGAAGUUCAAAUUUUACUUUACUCAAUUGGACUGCUUGCUGCAGGCUUAUAAAUGUAACACCUGCAACCAAAUUCUCUCAAGUAGUUUUAAUAAUAAUAUUUCUGAAAAGGAAUGAAAUUGGAAUGUUUUGUUAAAUGUGGAUGAAUGCUUCAUUAUCCUAGUAAUGUACCCAAAUGCUUUUUCUGGGAAGGAAGUAUUCUUUGGCCAACAAUAGAACCUUCCCUAUAAAAGCAUCACAUUAGGAUGUGAAUUGGCAUUAAAAUCUUUGGAUGCUUUUUGCAUUGUUUAGUUAAUGGGGGAAUAGUUUGUAUUGUCUUCUUUUUAUUUUGUGUGUGUUAACAAAGUGGGCAGAGUAAAGUUUGCAGAAUUUAGUCUCUCUGUGCAUUUUUGCACAGUGGCUGCAGCUCGCUAUGGGUGAGGGCCUCAUGGUACAAAACUAUGAUCAGAAGGCACUGGAGGAACAGCUUCUCCCGGUGCAUUCAACCUGGUUCUUACUCAUCUUGGCCUUUUGAGGUACACUGCAGUAUGAAGAACUUACUUCUUUAAGUCAAUAUUGACCUUACUUAUUUAAUUGGGAUUCUUAACAAAAUUCUUAGUCUGCAACGAAGAAGUAAGAGAUGCCUCCAUUUUGUAUUGACUAAGUACUGUCUGCCUAAAAGUAUUUCCUUCGCGUGUUCACUUGUAUUCUCCUUGCCAGUACAGUAUGUAGUUUACACACCAUAGUUAAACACUGGCUUUUUAUGGGGCCCAAAUCAUCAAAGACAGAAAAUUGUAAAGCAGGUUGAUCAUCUCAUGAGUCAACACAUGCAGUUGGUUUGCCAAAUGGACUAGUGUAUACAUGCAGCCUGAAACUGGACCCUCCAGAGAAAGCCAGUUCACUCACUUUGGAAUGGUGACACUUAACAUCAAUAGGUGAUCGUUGUUUGGAGAGAUGGUACUUAUUUUAAAGUUGGCAUUAAGCUUCAGUAUGUGUUGUCUCAUAUCCUUCUCAUCACAGCUACACCCUGACCUGACUGCUGUGUUUUCUGGGGAGCAGAGAGCAAAACCUGGUGUUGUGACUCUUCAUCUACUAGUUCUUAGAUAGGAGUUAGUGAAAAGAGACAAAUACCCGGGCGCAUGAGUGGUGCAUUAUUAAAUUUUGUGGACAAGUGACUUUAUCCCCUGUCCCUUUUACAAGUUGGAGGCAGUUCCCCUCCCUUCCUUCGAGGUGCGGGGUGAAAGUCAGCGUGUGAGUAAGUGAGCUUGCAGAAGAGUGGGCUGUGGCGGUGACGCUGCACGCACAUACAUCCCCAGGGCUACAGCCCCGGACCCCGUCACUCCUCUUGCUGCAUGCCACGCUUUCUGUCAGGUUGCAAAUUUGCACACACAAAGAAUUCCUCAGGAAGAGUUUGCACACGCAUCACCUCGCUAUAAUAUUCUGUACCGACCAAACAAGGGAUUUGAAAGUUCUUCAGCACAAAAGGAUAACUUUAGAGUGAUGGUCUGUGCACAUGUACAAGCAAAGGUAACGGUGAUCUUGCAAACACAAUUGGUUUCCGGAGCUAAGUGAGCAGGAGCGCUUGUGUCGGAGUAUUUAAAGAAGCUGUUUAAUCUCCCAGGGUCACCCUUCAGAUCUUGUCUUCUCAUUGAAACUGGCUCUGUUUUCUUCUCUGUGUUUUUUCUUUUUUAUUGCAGUUUAUUAUUUCCAUGAUUAUUACACAAGGCAUUAUCCUUGAGCUAAAAUUCAAUUGUCCAAUAAGCAGCUAGUAUUAGAUAACAUUGUUCUAUGAAUAUACACUAAUCUGGGUUAUUAAAAAACUUCACAAUUAAAAAACAAAACAGAUCCCCUGCAUUAGUUAUCCAGUCAUUGUUUGGAUUUUUUUUUUUUUUUUUUUUUUUUUAUGGUAUCUUACUGAGCUUCGGAGUAUUAUGUUGACUUUAAUCCACUUUAGACCUCUUAACGGGACUUUAAAUUUAAGAUCAGAAUAUGAAUCCCUUGACAUACACCUAGAAGAGAUUUAUAAGGACCUUUUUGGUUGUGAUUACUCUUUUCACUAAGAUUGCAUAAGAUGGAAUUUAUGUUUAUCAGAAGGUAAAACAGAGGUCAUAGGUAUUCAAGGAGAAAUGGCUUUCCUGUUAUUUUCCUUACCCAGUUGAAAUGUGCCUGUUUCUGGCCACCAGGAUCUAUGAAAGGACCUUUGUUUUUUUCAAGCGAAAUGAUUCCUCUUCUGUUUGCACUGUUCAUUAACUAAGUCAUUGACACUUUCCCAUGUCCACUGGCCAAGACCUCAUUUUGAACCUCUUUCCAGAGCCAAAUGGCACAUGUACCUAUACUAUUUCUGCUUAUGUUGGUGGAGUGGCUGUGGGAGAAUUAAAGAAAAUGCUAAUCAGAGGUACAUUCUUAUAGGACCGUAGGGUAUAUUGUACCCCUGUUGAUUGGAAAUUAUCUUCAUUUCUGGUUGGAUUGCAUUGUUUAGAAAUGCAAUGUGUUAUUGGCUUAUAAUUCUGGGAAAUUGAUAGUGUGGCUCUGAGGUGAAUUCUGUGGUUUGAAAAAAAUAAAUAUUUUGUAUUGAUUCUCAAAUGUCAUUUCAAUGUUGUGACUAUGUACUAAAUGCAAUAAGACUGUGGCUGUUCUCUUCAAAGGGUAUGUCUUGUUCAACAGUUGGCAAUUUAAUUGCUCUCAUUAGCCCUGUUUGUCAAUAUUACAGCCAUGCAAUUCAGGAGAAGUUGUUCACAUGUGAUGUGGGGAGUUAUGACUGGAGACAGGAAUGCUUGAGAGUAAAUGGGAGGCCAGAUGCAGACAAAAGGCUUCUGCCACCCACCAGCAUAGCCAGAGCAAGGAUGAAGCGAUGAAGUCUAGUUCCUGGUGGUCCUUGUUUGUCAGAAAGCAUGGUGGAGCUUAGAACAGGGUGUUCUGUACAUCAGCUCUUUUAUGAAUCCAAGAAGAACAAAAUGGUGGAUGAAACUCUUAUUGACUGGGGAUUCAGAGCCACUGACUUUGGCUCUGACCUUUAACUCUUGAUGGAUUCUGAAUCACUCUUUCUGUAUUAGGGUGUAUACCAUCACUCUAAAACAUUGUGGUCAAUGAAAUAAAUCUUGUACAGAUGUGCUUGGCCUUGUUAUGUUGACACCUGGUUUACUGGAACUUUGUCUUAAUACAGAAUGUAUGGUUUUGCUUAUAGGACAUUCAUGAUGCUUCCUAAAGGAUAAUGACAUUCUGUAUUCUACCACAUUCAUUAGCCUGCAGCAUGAGUGGCCAUCCUGACCCCCACACCAAUGUGAGUGUGUGUAUGUGAUGAUGGUGAUCAGAGAUGACCAAAUUGGAUUUAUCUCAGGAAUGCAAAUUGGUUAACGUUAGGAAGUCAAUUAAUGUGACCCGUCCAUCAACAGAUUAACGUGUGAUCAGAUUGUCUGUGAAAAUCCAAAAUAUCUACAAGGCAGAUUAGUAGCCUUGUGAGUUUAUCAGGGUUGCUGGAACACAAUCAAUAUGCAAAUGUCAAUUACAUUUUCACGCAGCAACCACAAGCAGUAAUAUCUGUAAAUUUUUUAAAUAUUGUUAAGAAAUAGAAUUUAUACUAGGAACAGAAAAGUCACAAAGUACCUAAAAAUCUUAAUAAAAGAUAUAUAAGCCUUUUAAUGAGAAAUUGAUAAUUUUUAAAAAGCACCUUUGUUGACAUAAAUAGACAGUGGUUGGUAAGAUCAUCUCAGCCUCAACUCAUUCUCUGAAUGUUAGUAGAUUAAAGUAAUUCCAACAGAAAAAUCCCAGCUGAUCCUAAUAUUUAAAUGGAAGAACAAAGGACCACAGAUAUCUAAGAUACUCAUAAAGAAGGUGAGGUGUGAGGAGAGCUAGGAUUACUGGAGUAUGACCCUUACUGUGAAAUACAGUGAGUGCUUAAAACACUGUGGAGUUGGCACAGAGAUGAUAAGUAGAUGAAUGGACAGGAAUAAAGAGCUCAGAAACUGACCUACUCAUGUUCCAGAACCAAAUUUUGUUAAAGGUAGUCAUUGCAGAUCAAUGAGGAGGAGGAUGGAUUAUUUCUUAAAUGGGGCUUCAGUAAUUUUUCACAGAGGAAAAAAAGUGAAUUGGAGUUCAACCUUGCACCAGUUACAAAAGUCAGUCCAAAGUGGAUUAAAGAUUUACUGGAUUAAAGUUAAAACUGUAAAACUUAGAAGAUGAUAUAGAAGAAUAUUUUUUAUGACUUUAGGGGGAAGGGGAAACGGUGCAAACCAUUAGUUAAGAGAGAAAUAAUUUAGUUGCACUAAUAGUAACUACUUUUGUUUACCAAACAUGCCACAGAAUGAAAAAGCAAAGCCAAACUGGAACAAGAUACAGAUAAUCAUGAUGUGUACAUAAUUGUUAAAAAGCACCUGAAUGUAUAUCAGUAAGAAAGCGACAACUCAGGAGAGAAUUGGGCAAAAUUCACAAGUAGGCAUUUCACAGAAGAACCAGAAAUGGCCCAUAAACUUGAAAAAAAGUCAAGCCUUACCAGUAAUCAGGAGACACAUUGAAGCCGUAAUACCAGUUUCUAGUCCCCGUAUGGGAGAAGGCAACGGCACCCCAGUCCAGGACUCUUGCCUGGAAAAUCCCAUGGACGGAGGAGCCUGUUUAGGCUGCAGUCCAUGGGGUCGCUACGAGUCAGGCAUGACUGAGCCACUUCACUUUCACUUUUCACUUUACUGCAUUGGAGAAGGAAAUGGCAACCCAUUCCAGUGUUCUUGCCUGGAGAAUCCCAGGGACUGGGGAGACGGGUGGGCUGCCGUCUAUGGGGUCGCACAGAGUCUGACACGACUGAAGUAACUUAGCAGUAGCAGCAGUCCCCAUAUUGGCAACAAUUAAAAAGUUGGUAAGUGGGGGGAGGGAAAAAUUAGAAGCUUGGGAUUAGCAAAUGCAAACUACUAUAUAUAAGAUAGGUAAACAACAAGGCACUACUGUGUAGCACCCGGAACUUAAUUCAGUGUCCUGGGGUAAACCUAGUGGAAAAGAAUGUAUAUAAUGUAUAGCUGAGUCACUUCGCUGCACAGCAGAAAUUAAUGCAACAUUGUAAGUCAACUACAAUUUUAAAAGGCGGGGAGGGGUCAGAAAAUACUAAAAAUUGCAGAGGUUGCGACAACAGGAUCUUCAUCUGCUACUCUGCGUGUAAGUCAGUACUACCACUUUGGAAAACAGUAUUAGCUAGUGAAGUUGAACAUUGGGUUUAUCUUAAGAGAAAAUCACAUCAGAUGUGAAUACCCAGGAAACAUGUCCAGGAAUGGUCACAACAAGCAGUGUUUGUAGUAACAACAGGAGGAAAAAGGAGGAAAAGAGAGCCAGCUGCCCAUCUACAGGGAAAUGAAGAGAUGAACUGUGUGUGUGCAGUGGGAUCUGUGGAGUCCUAAGUGCAGCACACAGAUUUGUGCAUCAACCUGGGUAAGUCUCAGAAAUCACACUGAGUUAAAAAGAGGCAAAUCAGAAGAGUAUAGUCAGCCUGAUUACCUUUAUACAAAGUUCAUAACCAGGAAAAACAGUACAUUGUGUAGAGAUUCAUAAGUAGUAAAACUAAAGAAAGAGAAUUAACAUUUAUAGACCAUGGGGCUUCCCUGAUAGCUCAGUUGGUAAAGAAUCUCCCUUAAAUGCAGGAGACCUCGGUUCAAUUCCCGGGUUGGGAAAAUGCUAGAGAAGGGAUAGGCUACCCACUCCAGUAUUCUUGGGUUUCUCUUGUGGCUCAGCUGGUAAAGAAUCCGCCUGCAGUGCAGGAGACCUGGGUUUGAUCCCUGCGUUGAAAAGAUCCCCUGGAGAAGGGAAAGGCUACCUGCUCCAGUAUUCUAGCCUGGAGAAUUCCAUGGAUUGUUAGUCCAUGGGGUCUCAGAGUCUGACACAACUGAGCGACUUUCACUUUCAAGACCAUGGUCUCCUUGAAGGUGGGGUAAAGGGGAAGUGAGAACAGAGAGGAACACUGGCUUAUAAGCAGUUGAGAAUAGGAACAUUUUGAUCUUAGUAAACAUGUCAGUUCUUGAAUUAAUAUCUAAAUUCAGCGCAAAGCUAAUCUAAACACCAAAAAGUAUUUUAAGUAUAAAUAAAAAAUUUGUGUGAAAGUAUGAACGGAUGAAAAUAAAAUCUUCAUUGAAAGGGGGGAAAGAAGAGGAACUUGUACCAAAAAUCACUUUUUUUACAAUGGCAAUUACAUUUUUACACUGGUGUCAAAAGACAAGUUAAUGGAAGAUGGUUUAAAAUAGAGACUCAAGUGCUUUUAAGCAUGUUAAAGGUGGGUAUUUAAAAUGGUUCUGAUCAUGACAUUAUUCACUGGAAAGUGCUGAUACAGCUGGUGAAAAUUCAGUCAUACAGUUCACCAAAAAGAAAUUCCAGAUGGACUAAAAAUGAACGAAGUUAAAGUUAUAAAAACUGAAGACAAUACCAUUUAUAUUUUCUUGAGGUGGGAGACGUUUGUUCUAUGAAUGUAAGCAAUGGUCUGAAAACAGAACCCUGUGUAAAUCAAUCACCCAACUACACUAUGUAGAGCACUGACCCAGCAUUUGUACAUACGUAUAUAUUUUUAAAUUGUGUACUAUACUAAUACACAUAAGACAAAACAAUAGAUGAGAAAAAAGAUGAGGUGAAAAUGUUUUAAAAUACUUUUUGUGUGUAUUGUGGUUAAAAAAGAAAUAACCCUUUACUCUUUCUGAAAAGUUUAGUAAGAGCCAUAUUAUUAAAAAUGCUUCAUUAUUUUUGAAACUCCUAGUUUUAACACUUCACAAUAAAAACAAUGUGUGAUUCUAAGGUAAGUUUAUUUUAAUGCUGAGUUCUUAUGGCUAUUGUAGCUGGGGUGGGGGGGAGAAAAAAAAAAAAACUUCAUUAAGAUGUGGAUCCAGGGAAUCUGUGGAUCCAGAUGCCUUGGCUUUCUGAAAAACAAUACUGUUUUCAGUUCCAUCUACUAGUCUUAAAGUGUUUGUUGAAAUCUUUGUAAUAAAUUUCCAUCUGUCUCACUGUC